UUAGUGCAUUCUGGUCAGCCGGUUGUGUUUCCGAAAAAGUUUGUGCCACUAGCACAUUUAAUUAUUCUUAAUCCAUAAAACCUUAUGCCAUAUGUGGAACAGGAAAAACAGCAGCUACAAAAGACAAAAGAAAAUACAGACUGUAGUUAUAUAAUUAUAUAACUGUAGUUAGUAGUAGAAUAGUAGAUCUAGAUCCUAUUCUAUUGUGAGCUGAGAAGUGUAAAAAUAACUGAUAAUGGAUUUUCCAAAAGUGCUGAUAACAAGCCUCGUUUAGAACCUCUUUUGAAAAAUGGAGAAACAAACAAUAGAAUGUGUAUGCUGCUUUGGGUAUUGUGAGUUUGAAACUAUGGCUCAGUGUAUGGAAGGCCAUUUGGUUUGUGUUGACUGUCUUAAUUCAUAUGCAAAAGAAAUGGUUUUUGGAACUGGACAGGCCAAGUUGAACUGCCUGUCAUUUGAUUGCCUGGCAAUCUAUCCAGAAAGUGAAUUAAAUAGGUGUCUUGCACCUAUGACAAGGUGGAGAUUGGAAGAGAGAUCAUUGGAGGAAAACUUAACCACCGCUAACUUGAAUAAUUUGGUUAGAUGUCCUCAGUGUCAUUUUGCAGCCAUUUUAUCUCCUCCAAUUAAAGUCUUUAAGUGCCUGAGGGAUGAUUGUCAAAUGGUCAUUUGUAGAGACUGUGGUGUUGACUGGAGAGAACACAAAGGGUUAACAUGUGCACAAGUUGAGAGGAAGGAUGAAACAGCUCUCAGAAAAGAAUAUGAGGAGAAAAUGACAAAAGCCAAAGUUCGUAAUUGUAUAUCCUGUAAAGCUGAAUUCAUGAAAGACACAGGCUGUAACAAGAUGACUUGCCGUUGUGGUACUACAAUGUGUUACAUUUGUAGAAAGCCCAUAAUUGAUUAUGAUCACUUUUGUCGUCAUCCACGUGAUCCUGGUCACCCCUGUGCAGAAUGCAAUGCUUGCUCCUUGUGGACUAAUCCAGAAGAAGAUGAUGAAAGGGCUGUUGCUGAGAUAAGAAAAGAAGCCAAUGAGAGAAGAAAAGCUCUAGGAUUUCUUGAAGAUAAAAUAAUUGGAGCAUCAGAUUGAUGAGACAAUAAAUACUAGGAAUAAAAAUAAACAUCACCUGGACCUACCAGAUCCUGGAACUGGCCAGUCUAUUGGCUAGGACAUUUGACAUCAGUGCUGUUUCCCAAUGCACAUAUUAUAUAACAUCAAGGAAUUGGUAGUUUAAUAUCUGUAAUUUUGUGUUAUGUGAGGGUGGUGGUAUAGAUCAUUAUGUUCCACUACCUUUGAUAUUGUUAUUUUGUUUUGCUAUUAGGAAGGUGUUUUGAGUAAGUUGACACAUCUGACUCACACAUUUGUUAUCAUUUUGUUUUUAAGAAGUACAGUUCAACCAGUUUUUUAGCUAACUAGCAACAUUUUCUAAGAUGUUAAUUUUUAUAUCUUGCCCCAGACGGGUUUUAGCUCUAUCCUACUGAAGUAAUAACAAUCAGCAGUUGCUGUUUUAGCAAAAAUGCUUUUCACAGAAGUUUGUAUUACAGGGUCUAAAUGUUACAUGAGAGAACUAUUGUAUAUGUUGUAUAGGGUUACACAUGUGGUUUAAAAUUAUCUACUGCAAGAGCCCAUUCUGUAAAUGUGAAAAGGUUGUGUUACUUGGGGUCAGAGUACAUUUGUUGUUAUAUUUGAUUUCAAAUGUUGAUAAUAUAUUAGACCUAAUGUAUAAGAUGUUAAACAUAAGGUUAAACAUAAGGUGUAUGACUAAGUCAGUUAUGAUAGCAAGAGUGGAUUACAGUCAAUGUGGCCCCAAUAUUUGUGCAGGCAGGGAUAUUUUGUGUGUUUUUAUUUAUUGAAAGUAUGUUUAUAUACCUAUAAUAAUUAGUAUAAAUAGGCCCCUAAAUGUUUAUAUAUUUAUUUUAAAACGUCUAAAAAUAAUUAUUUUGUUAAAUUUAUAAUAUAUAUGUCUACACAUUUAUAAAUAAAAUUAAAAUUUAAGCUUGUU